GCUAAAUUGGAUAUGAUGUGUCGUUAAACCACAUACUAGAUAGGAUGAGAUAUCAUCCCUUGUCUGCACCUUGAUAUUCUGAUUUGCGACGUAAAAAUACUCGGUCACCAAGCAUUUGUUUUUCAAAAAUAUAGCUCAUCACAUGGUUUUGCAACAGAUGAAUCCCAACAUGAAGAAAGCUACAAUAAAUGCAGUGUCUCAAACCUUGUGAAUAUAUAACUAAUUUCCAUUGCCUUCCAUUCAGCACAGCAAAGUCUUCUCAGAGCUCUAAGAUCUAAGUCUUCUGUUCUCUUUUUUCUCAAAGUCAUCCAUCCAUAAUACAGGGUUAGAAAACAUGAUAAGCCCCAAGAAGCUCAUCAAAAUGGCAAGGAAGUGGCAGAGAAGAGCAGCCCUUGGGAGGAAAAGAAUUUCUUCACCAAGAACUGAUGCUGAUAUGGAUGCAGGCACUUGUAGCACAUCAGUGGCUGAUAAAGGCCAUUUUGUUGUAUAUCCCACUGAUAAGAGGCGGUUUAUGAUUCCCUUGGUGUAUCUCAGCAAUAACAUCUUCAGAGAGCUCUUUAAGAUGUCUGAGGAGGAGUUUGGACUGCAAAGUGAUGGGCCUAUAACAUUGCCUUGUGAUUCAGUCUUCAUGCAGUACAUACUCCCACUCAUUCAACGUGGGGUAGCUAAAGAUAUGGAGAAAGCCUUGAUCUUCUCCCUUGUUACCAGUCGCUGCUCACAAUCAUCUUCCCAUCAAGAACAUAUAAGCCAACAUUUACUUGUUUGUGGCUAUUAACUGUAAUUUGUAAUGAUCCACACAAUUAAUAUAGUGAUACAUUCUUUGACAA